UCAUACCUUGAGUCAUCCGUCCGCAGAGUUACAGUGUACGAAGAGUGAGGUUAGGAAGGCAUCCGCAGGGAAGGGGGAAACGAGCGAAAAAGAGCGCGCGCGCGAGAGAGAGAGAGAGAGAGAGAGAGAGAGAAAGAAAGCUGUCAUGAGGACGUGUCCCAGCGUACUCGUCCCGGACAACAAUUCAAGAGUAAGAUCAGCAGCUGGAGAGCCAAUAGACCAGUUGAUCGCGGGGCCCACGCGGAUGUCGCAGAAAGCCAGUGUCCCCGAGAGGAUGACGAUGAGAUGUCAGCGCGUCGACGUCGCGUAGGCGCCGAGGCAGAGCAGACAUCGAGCUUCUACAAGAACGGAACUGCCCAGCUGUACGAUAAUGAGGAUAAUUUGCUAGGGUCUCAACAGGAGUUGCAGAUAGCACCGACAAUGACGUCGCGCGACCGGACCCAGGAGUUCGGCAAUGCCAUACAGAUGCUGCAGAGCAAGAACAUCUCGAGGGCGGCGGUCUCGCGCAGCCCCAGGCAGGCCAAGCACCUGCAGAGCUACUCCAACUUCAUGCUGAUAGCCCAGAACAUCGGCAAGAACAUUGCCAGCACCUAUGCCAAGCUCGAGAAGCUUGCACUACUGGCCAAGAAGAAGUCCAUCUUCGAUGACAGACAGUCGGAGAUCGAGGAGCUCACAUCUAUCAUUGGGGCGGAUCUAGGCAGUCUCAAUCAGCAAAUUGCCAAAUUGCAGGUGCUGGGAAAGAAGCAGCGCGAAAUGUUCAGCUCCUCCAAGGGUCAUCACAUAGCGUCACAUUCCACCUCGGUUGCCGUGGCCUUACAAUCAAAACUUGUCAGCAUGUCCACUCAUUUUAAGAGUGUCUUGGACCUGCGCAAAGAGAAAAUGAGAGAAGAAAAGAGCAGGAGAGAACAGUUCUCGCAUGGGCAUGUUUCAGCCAUGUUGCCUUCCAGCGUAGUUUCUGGAAAGCAAAGCUCUCUUUUACUUCAGGAACAGGAUAACAGUGCUUCCGUUAGUAUAGACCUUGAACCGGCUAUGGGACAGCUGAGUAUGCAGAGAGCUGUGUAUGAUGAUGACACUGACUCCUACCUGCAAUCUCGGGCGGAUACUAUGCAAAACAUAGAAUCUACUAUAGUUGAAUUGGGUGGAAUUUUUCAGCAGUUAGCUCAUAUGGUUAAGGAACAGGAAGAAAUGGUGGAAAGGAUAGACAGCAAUAUCGAGGAUGCCGAAAUAAAUGUGAGUGCAGCGCAUACCGAAAUCUUGAAAUAUUUCCAAUCCGUCACUAAUAACCGAUGGCUUAUGAUUAAAAUUUUCGGAGUUCUCAUAUUUUUCUUCAUAUUCUUCGUCGUUUUCAUGGCGUAAUUGAGAAACUGCGAAAUAGAUCGAUGAUGGACGACGACCGAAGUUGUCCCGGACAUUUAUUAAUAAUUUUUUGGAGGCUUAGGAAAGACGACAUCGAAACUGGGGUAAUUUUGUACUCGAAAAAGGUUUCUAAGACCACUCAGACCAUUUUUAAAUACCGCGAUAUGCUCGCCGCAUUCCUUGAUUCUUAGCACCAAUGUCACUUUGUACUAUAAAAUAUUGUAAAAAAAAGAGAUGCGCAAUGCGAAAAAAUGAAUGUAUAAUUUUCAACUUAUUGUUAUUUAAAAUAAAAAGAAGGAUAGUGUUAAUAAUAAAUUACAAUUUAUUUAAAUUUGUUUAAAAUCA